AUGAGGCUCGGCAGUAGCGUAUGCAGCUGCGAUCCAGGUGAGACCGUCGCUAGCUUCUCUCGGAAACGAAGAUCUGCUCUCCUCUCCACGUCAACCCAAUGCUCCGCUUCAACAAGUGUACCGAGGAAGUCUGUUAAUGCGUCUAUUGUUAAUGGAAAUGCGUUGAAACUCGUUGAUGGUGAUACUCGAGAUCCCGUUGAGAAACUAGCGACUAUACCAACCUCUCUCUUUACUCGGCCAAAUAGCAACUUCAACAAGAGCGGCACUUCUGGUAGACGUAUUCAACUCGUGGCUAACUUUGUCCCGCUCAGUCAACAACCGGAUCUCUGCUGUGCACAGUAUCAUGUGGAAUUUGAGCCUCAAGUGGAAUCGAAAUCCUUCCGUCAUCAGAUUCUAAAGCAAGAACGUAUCCAAGAGCAUAUUGGAACAACCUUUAUUUUCGACGGGAUGAUCUUGUACACAGUGAACGAUCGCAAUUUCGAAGGAUCAUACCAAGCACUGCAUCCACUCACCGGAGAAUCUGUAACAGUGCGGCUUCGCGCAUCUGUGAGGUUCACUCAAAAUGACGCUCAAACGAUCAACUGUUAUAACAUCGUCAUUCGCUGCUGUUUGGACAUGGUUGGUCUGAAACGUAUGGGAAGAAAUCAUUUUGAUGAGGACGAGAAGGCUUAUCUUAGUGAUUACAAUAUGGAAGUGUGGCCAGGAUUUGAAACGGCUGUCCGCCAAUAUGAAGACCACCUUAUGCUCUGCAUAGAAAAUCGUUUCAAAAUGAUUCGAACUCAAUCUGUUUGGCAGAUUAUGUGUUUUGAACGUGAUCGUGUCAGAGGCGACAAGAGUCGAUUUCAAGCAGUACUAGAAGAAUGCUUAGUGGGAGAAACGGUUUUUGCAAAAUAUAACAAUAAAAUGUACCGCAUAACUUCGAUAAAUUAUGACAUGUCGCCAGAAUCGACAUUCACGCUUGCAGACGGAACAACUACGACACUGAAGGGAUAUUUUCUAAAGCAGUACGACCUGACUGUAACUGAGAACAAACAGCCGGUUUUGAUUAGCCAAGGAAAACCGAGGCAGCCUGGCGAAGCGCCUCAAAUGGCUUAUCUUUUGCCUGAACUAGUUUAUCCCACGGGUCUCACUGAUUCGAUGAGGAGGGACUUCCGUCACAUGAGAGAGCUAUCCAAUCACACACGCUUGGAUCCUGAGAAAAGGCGUCGCACGACAGAGCGACUAAUCGAGAAGAUACUCGCAAAUGAGAGGUGUCGCAUGCUAAUGAGAAACUGGGGAAUUUCGUUGCACAAUAAGCUCGUCACUUUCGAAUCUAGAGAAUUGGAACCAGAGAAGCUCUUUGGAUACAAUCGAGAUGGAUAUGUAGGACAACGGGCCGAAUGGGCUAAGCUUGUAAAAAACAAUGGAAGUUUUCGUGGAGUGGAGUUAACGAACUGGGUUGUAAUUGCUCCUAACAGCAAUGAUGGAGAACGCCUUUCAAGUGAUUUCAUCAAUGAAAUCGAACACAUCUACAGCGCACUGCAAGUGAAAUAUGGGAAUCCCGUGCGACACUUUUGUAGAGACACGACCGCACGAGGAUAUCACACCGCCGUACAAGAAGCAAUGACCCGAGUUGGAAUGCAGUCUAUCCAUAUGAUGGUGCUUAUCCUGUCGGAUGAUAGCAAGACACGCUACGAUGUGCUGAAGAGUUAUUUGUGCACAGAAACUACUAUCCCAUCGCAAUGCGUACAACUUUCUACCCUAAGAGGUCGUGCCGCUGAUCGAGGCCGUAACAGGAAUUUUGGGUCAAUUGUGUUGAAAAUCGCUUUGCAAAUGAACUGUAAGAUGGGCGGAGCUUUGUGGAGAGUAAUAAUUCCGAUUAAAAGGGCUAUGAUUGUUGGAUACGACCUGUACCAUGACUCAACUCUCCGGGGGAAGACCAUUGGUGCCUGCGUGUCUACAACGGACCAAGACUACACCAAGUUCUACUCGCAGACACGCCCUCACGAGAACCCAGCUGAGCUUGGGACGAACCUUGGCUUUUUCAUCUUGAAAGCUUUGAACAAAUACUACCAGUGCAACGGCAAGACACUUCCGGAGAAGAUUUUUCUAUACAGGGAUGGGGUUGGCGACGGUCAAAUUCCCUAUGUGAAGGACCAAGAGGUACGACUGGUACAGAAAGCUUGCGCAGACGCUGUGGAGAGAGCCGAAGGAGUGGAGAAAAACUUCAAGAUCAAACUAGCAUUUAUCAUUGUGACGAAGAAAGUAAAUAUGAGGAUUUUCAAAGGGAAUCCAGAUUCAAGACUGACAAAUCCGGAUCCUGGCACUGUUGUCGACUCUGUAGUUACGAGACCUGAGCGCUAUGAUUUCUAUCUUGUACCGCAAUACGUUAACCAAGGUACUGUUACUCCGGUGUGCUACAAUGUGAUUUAUGAUGACACCAAUUUGGCACCAGACAGACAUCACAAGUUGGCGUUCAAACUCUGCCACCUGUACUACAAUUGGCAAGGAACUGUGAGGGUCCCAGCUCCUUGUCAAUAUGCCCACAAACUAGCGUUCCUGGUAGCUCAGACGAUUCAUAAGGAAGCCAAUGAGCAUUUGCGUAACAAGCUGUUUUUCCUCUAA